CCCUUUUACUUUCGGGCGCCGGCACUUGGCCGCAGGCUGCUGCUGCCGCUGCUGGCCGCCCCCCCCCUCCCUUCGCCCCCCCUCCGCUAUGGGUACCCCGCACUUUUAAGACCGGGGCGGCCGCCUUCUGCGCCGCCCCGGGGAGGGGGGGGGGCACGGUGAAUUAAUUAAAAAUCGCUAUCGACUCGGUUAUUCAUUGCCCCGCUCCGGGCAUGUGAACAACCACCCCCCCCCCACCCCCCCCUACCCUUCCCCCCCCCCCCCCCCACCCCAAUCCACCCCCAGCGCCAUGCCGGCAGCUUGCACCCUGCUGCUGCUGCUGGGGCUGGUCCCGCCGGCCGGGUCUCUGCCCCUCGUUUCCCCACGGCGUCUUCCUCCUCCUCCUCCUCCUCCUCCUCCGUCCCGAAGCCGUCUCGGCCGCCCUUGCUCGCCUCCCGCCGCGGGACACGCCGGCAGCCCGGUCGUCGAAAGCAGCCAUCAGGCGAGGAGAAGUUCGGACAUGGAGAUAAGGACUUCUGGUGCUCUCAUGGACAGUGUGGAGGUGGUGACGAUGCUGGCUGGGAGCAGGGAGCGGGCAUCGCUGCCUGCCAGGCACGGUGCGGUGCCAGCGGCGAGUGGGGUCAUGGGGCACGUUGGUCCCCCCACCGGUGGUGGGGAUGUCACCCCACCAGGAGCAGGAUCCCCGGACAGCCUGUCUGCUGGGACAGUGACCCACCUGCCUGCCCACAGCCAUCCUCCCGCUGCUGGAAGCCAUCACCGUGCUGCAGGCAGCCGGGAGAGAGGCAAGAGGGCUUUGGCUUCUCCCAGCACCCCUCCAUCUGCCGAGAAGACGCCGCUGGUUUUGGCAGCCGUCAGCACGGAUUUGGCUGAGAGGGUGCUGGGCGGGCACGGCGAGGCCCAGGAUGUGGUGGGGUUUGACAACGCAACGAGGACAGUGCUGCUACCUUCAUCUGCGGAGACUCGUCGCCCAGGCACCGGCGGCCCCUCUCGACUGGCGAGAGGCUGGGUGGGCACGAAGCCGCCUGGCAGCCCUCCCAUGGGCACUGCAGCCACUUCACCCGGCCCCUCGGGGAGCGGCGGGGGGACGGUGCAGCCCCUCCCCAGCACCCCCUUCCCUGGCUCUUCUGGAAAGCCCCAGUCCUCCCCCCAAGCUUCCAGUACCCAGACUGGUGCAAAUCAUGUCAUGCUACACCCCAGGGAUGUCACGGGAGACUCCACAAGCCCUUCGCUCACAGCAUCGCCUGCCACAGACAGCGCUUUUGGAGCUGGGGCUGCAGAAAACCCGAAGUCCGGUAUCCGAAGGGCAGCGCCCGGCUCCGCGGCUCAGUCCCUGGCCUUGGCACCCUCCUCGGUGGCCCCAGCGUGGGAACGUUUCCCUGCGUCCUCCGCAGAGCACCGGCUCACCCCUUCUCACCCAGCUUCAGAGAGCACUGCCACGGGUGAGCUCGCCAUUGGAAGCAGCUACCAUCCAUCCAGCGUCUCGGCCACGGAGAGGAGAGUUUCAGAUUUCCCCACCACCGGCACCUCUGUUUCCACAACAGCCACCAAGGGUGGAGAGAGGACGUUAAGGUCUCUGCCAGCCAGUACCAGGCUGGCCGAUGCAGCAGAGAUUUCCACCUCUGGUACCGAAAUCACCAGCUCUUCAGACCAGACCCAGUCCCCUGGGAUGUCUUUGGGAACCCAGGGUGGUGGUGGCAGAGAUGCCACAGACCCGUUACUCACAGGCUCACCGUCUGCUUUGGAAAGCGCUUCCACGACCUUUAGCAGCAAUUACGAACCCAAGAGCAUCCCUGCUGCAGAAGAGGCGACGCUGCACUCGGACGCCCGCGGCGCUGACGUACCCAGCGUGGCAGCGGGGGCACCGGGGUCCCCCGCAAACAGCCGCACAGCCAGGGUGACGAGGGGCUCUGCCACCAGCACCGACCCCACCAGCUCUUUGCGGGGGACCCUCUCUUCCUCGGGGACCGGGACACGCCGUCCUAACGGCUCACGGGAAGCCACCGAUCUCCCAGAGCCUCCCGGGGAGCCUUUGCUCACAAGCUCCCUCUCUGCCUCCGAAAGUACUUUCAGAGGUGUCAGAAGCAGCGACCGACCAGUUAACAGCUCAACAACAGAGAAGAACGCCCUUGCUUCCUCUCCCACCAGCACUUUCGUUGCAGCCACGGCCACCGGCAGCGGCGGGAGGCCCCCAGGGUCUGCCACAGGCACCAGCCGAUGGGCAGCAGAAGUCUCCACGUCCAGUAGUGACACGUACAGGACCUUGGGCACGAUCCGAUCCUCAUCCGUGUCUUCUGUGAGAGACACCUACGGAGUUCCUGGGUCCAGAGAAAUCACAGAUUUCACUGAGCGGGUGGCAGACCCUUCACUAGCACACUCUCCUUCGGAAGGUCCUUCCCCAGCUACUGGAAGCAGCCAUGUGUCACUCAGCAUCCUGUCAACAGAGAGAAGAACCGAUUUCCCUACCACUAGUACCUCUGUUUCCACGACAGCCACCAAGGGUGGAGGGAGGACAUUAAGGUCUCUGCCAGCCAGCACCAGACUGGCCCAAACAACAGAGAUUUCCACCACUGGUACCGAAAACGUCAGAUCUCCAGAGCAGGAGAGCUCUUUGGGAGCCCAGGGUGGUGGCGGCAGAGGUGCCACCAUGUUGUCCACAGACCUGUUGCUCACAGGCUCGCCAUCUUCUUCGGAAAGCACUUCCCCAGCAGAAGGGACCUCAGCUACAGGAGGACGCCUGCCCGACACCCCUCGCACCAGUACGCCCAGCUCAGCGAUAGCCACCAGCGGUGGGGAGAGGAGCACAGUGCCCGUGUCAGAUGCCCACGCGGCAUCCAGCACGGCUGGGAGCUCCCCUCCCGCUCCACCCUGCACCAGCUCCUUGGACACGGUCCUUCUGCCGUCCUCAUCGGCAACAGAGCCUGCGAGGCAGAGCGAUGCUUCGCAGAGUGGUGCAGGACUCGGUGAGCUUCCAACGAAGUCGGUGCCUGCGUUUUCUCCCAGCAUUUCUGUGCCUUCGCCUUCACCAAGUGCUUCAGUUCCAGAGAGGGGAAGAAGAGUUUCUGGUGCUCCUACUGAGACCAUGUACAUCUCAACCACACUCUCCAGCCAGAAGGAGGGGACAUCUCAGGCUGCAGCUAACCAUGGCACGUGGAGCACAGCAGCGGAAAGCCCCACAUCUCACCCGGACACAGACAGGGAGCCCCGCACCGGCCCCUUCCCAUCCUCCACAGCAUGGCCUGGAGUGGGACACGUCUCCUCCAGCCAAGCAGGGUACCCAGAGCCCAAGGUCACCCUUUCAUCCAGGGCCUCCACCUACUUCUCAGCCGCUGGUGAACCUUCCACCGUGGGCAGCAGCCAUCACUCCCUAAGCAGCUCGAGUGCUGGGGAAAGGAUGUCCAGCUCCAUCACUGAUGCUGCGUACAGUUCAUCCACGUCUGCUGGCGGUGGAGAAAGGACGCCGCACUCGGUGACGGAUGGCACGCUGGCCGGCGGCACGGAGAGCUCCGUUUCCGAUGCCGAAACCACCAGCUCUCCAGGGCCGGCUCAGCCUGCGUCAGUGGAGCAGAGCCGGACAGCCAACACCUCCACCAGCAGCGGGGGCUUCGCGGGCUUUGCGACGGAGACGCUCUUCACACGUUCUUCCAAGAUACCUACUUACUCUUCUUUCCAAAAUGAUCUCACAAGCUUUUCAAGUAGUCAUCAGCCAGUCAGUAGCGUUGAUGCUGAGAAAAGGACCUCGGUUUCUCAUACGGACGGCACAUACAUUUCAACCACAUAUACCAGAGGAGGAGAAAGGACCCUUCUGUCUAUCUCAAAUAGCAGCACCUCUGCUGACUCCUCAGAAAGUUCCACCUUUUUUGCUGAAAUUUCCAGCCCUUCUGAUUCAUCAAAAUCUUCUGUGGUGCAGGACAGGAGGAGCAACGUAUCCAGCGAUGGCAGUUUUGUUGAACCAUCUACAGAGCCGUUGCUGGUACACUCUUCCAAACCGUUGACUUCUGCUUCUGCAGGCAGCGUACAAAAUACAACUCUUUUCAACACUGACUCUGAGUUGUUGACCACUGGUAGACCAUCUCUAUCUUCAUCAGCAUUUCCAGCCUCCUCCUCACCGUCAUCACUGCAUCACUCGCUGUCAUCAACACCACCACCAACUUAUCUGUUUACAUCAUCGGAAUCAUCUGAGCCACUCUCGUCCUCUGUGAUGGCAUCUUCCCCCCCUCUGCAGGCUUUGUCGUCCUCCUUGCCCACUUCCUCAUUGCUUUCCCCAUCUUAUUCAUUAGCAUCUUUAUUGCCUCUGUUUUCGUCACCAUCAUCUGUCUCGCAGUCCAACGACAGUGAUCAAGCCAGCACCUCUGUAGCUACGACUGUGGUCAGGCGGGUGCCCUCCACGGCCGCCGUGGCUGGGAGCUCUCCCAGAGGUUCCAACAAGCUCAAUGUCACGCACCAGCCCCAAAACAGCACAGCCUUCACCUCCACUGGGUCUCCUCUCCCUACAGCACCCACAGAGCAGCUUGGUGGACACAUCGUGUCCGCGUCCGUUCCCGCAACGGUAACGGAGACCGCCUUGCCGAGAGCUGCCACUGCUCAGGGGGGCAGCUUUGGGAAGGCAACGCCGCGGCUCACCACGGCCAGCGAUGCCCCACGGGCUGGGCCAACGCGUGCUCCCCUUAGUGCCUCACCAAGUGCAACAAACCGCAGUGUCACCGUCCCUGCGGUAGCACUGACCACGGUGAAUCCUCCUGUGCUGACAACGCUGGCCAGUCGCCAGCCAACCCCAGGUGAUGCUAGCACCAUGAAAGCCCACAGAGCUCAAACGCCAGCUGCCACUAAGCACGUGCAUACCACUGGUGAAAGCACAGAAGCUGUGGAUCCCACCACUGCAAGGCCUGGUAAAGUCACCGAGGAAAACAUUCCUGUUACGAGUCCUUCUGAAGUCCCUCCAACCAGCGAGACCACUGUCAGCAUUGCAACUACUUUGGCUGCUACCAAAUCAACCACUGUUCCUCUGUUGAGUAGCACAGCCAGGCUGAGGAUGUCGUCUCCGGCAACAGAUGUGGAUAAAUGUCUUUCCAACCCUUGUCCUGCACUGGCCACCUGCAACAACACCCGUGGCUCCUAUAUCUGUCAGUGUCCUCUUGGCUAUGAGCUGGAAAAAGGAAAGUGCAAUUUAGUAAGAAUAUUUAUCGGCCAGGUCCCCCUGAAACUUAAUAUUACCCAUGGGAAGUAUGCAGAGCUCGUCCACGUCGAGGGUGAAAUCCUGUCAAUGCUCAAUGCAUCGCUGUCGGGCUUGCCAGGGUACCACCACUCCACCGUUAAGGCGACCAGGGAGGCAAAUUUUGUGCAUGUUUCAGUGCAAUCCACGUUCUCUUUAGCAUCCAACGUGACUUUCUACGACAUUGUCAGCAGUGUGAAAAGCUACAUUCGAGCUUGCAAAUCCCCCACCGAAGCCUGCCAAUUCAUCUCCAGCCUGAAACCGCUCCACAGAGUUGGCAGCUUGUGCAAGCAGAAAGACCCCGAAUGCGACAAGGAAACUUCUGAAUGCACCGACUUCGAUGGAGUCGCGCUCUGCCAAUGCAAAAGUGGGUACUUCAAAUACAACAAGAUGGACCACUCCUGCAGAGCCUGUGAAGAUGGAUAUAAGCUGGAAAACGAGACCUGUGUGAGCUGCCCGUUUGGCUUAGGUGGAUUCAACUGUGGAAACCCGUAUCAGCUCAUCACUGUGGUGAUCGCGGCUGCAGGAGGGGGACUUCUGCUUAUCAUGGGCAUAGCACUGAUUGUCACUUGCUGCCGGAAGAAUAAAAAUGACAUAAGUAAACUCAUUUUCAAGAGUGGGGAUUUCCAGAUGUCACCAUAUGCUGAAUAUCCAAAGAACCCCCGGGCACAGGAGUGGGGCAGAGAGACCAUCGAGAUGCAGGAGAAUGGAAGCACCAAGAACCUGUUGCAGAUGACAGAUGUGUAUUAUUCGCCAACUGGACUGAGAAAUCCUGAACUGGAAAGAAACGGACUUUACCCUCCCUACACUGGUUUGCCUGGAUCUCGACAUUCAUGCAUCUACCCUGGACAAUACAAUCCAUCCUUCAUUAGUGACGAAACCAGAAGAAGAGACUAUUUUUAGCAGGGAGUGGAGAGGGAGUGGAAGAUUGACACAGUUUUGUGGCCCUUGAUACCCAGGUACAAUCUGUCUCCUGGGCAGUUCAGCCCACAUCAAUCUUACUCUUCCCAUUUAACAGGAAGGACUUUGAACUUCAUGCCGAGUGUUGCUGCCCUGACGAACGGUUACACUUGCUGAGCAGCAGAGAGAAGGAGGAGGAGGAGGGAAUGGCUCAAGGUGCACAUCACUAAACGACCCAGGUGGAAGUUAACACAUGUACUCCAGAUUUGUUCUGUACUGCUUCUUCACUCUUUACGCUACAUGGCAAGCAUGAAUCAGUACAGGCAGAUGAACUGUGCCCAGCACUCUGCAUUGAAUACCACUAGGGAAUGUUUUGUUUACAGAUCUUGUUCACUGUUGACUGUGCUUGUCUUCUUAGCCAACCUUCAUGCAAAGAUUCACUGUGCAACUGCUUUUGGUAGGGCAAGUUUGUCCACUCCUUUUUACAUUGCUGCAUUGCUUUCUGCUUCAUACAUGACAGCAAAGCUGGCUUGUCUUCUGGCCCUCACCUUUCUACUGGUAGAAGUUCUCCAAAUGGCUGGGUCCUUGCUGAAGCCUGGUGCCUGGCAAUGGCUGAAUUCAUGGGUUGAGUGUCUUCAAGAAGUACAGGAAAGUUAGUCAUACCACUGCAAUUUUAACUGAAAAAAGACACAGUUGAUCCUAUGCACCACUUUGAAAACUUCCUAUAUAUAGGGAAGAGUCCAAGUAUGUUGUUGUUUUGUCAAUCAACAUUGUUUAGAAAUGAUGCCACUACACGUCAUCAUAGUGCUUCCGUAUAGGAUCUCAUGGGGCUCUGUUUCCCUGCAGGGAUUUAAAUGCCUGUAGAAACAGCAGUAUAAUGUUAAAUAAUUGCUCACAGGGAAGAAAAAGAUGAGCUGGGAAUUCAGCAUGCUUCUUAUGAGGAAUCUGGGAAGAAGCAAUAAUGCUAUAGCGAUGGCUGGGCAGGUGGAACCUCAGUUCUGGGCACUGCAGGUGGGACAUAGUUCUGAAGCCUCCACAGCCCACCUCGACUUCUGUAGGAGCUGUGGAGGCUUUCCGUACAUUGGAAAAUAAGGCUCACUGCAGUCAGGAGCAAAGAUCACUUAUGUUGAACUGUUUUGUUUUCUUCCAUCCUAGUUUUGAGUGAUUCAGACCAGACAGAUUUUGUCACCUAGGUUUGUUAAUUUAUAUUAAUCACCACAGCAAAAGCUGAAGAAUGUAAGUUACUACAUUUCUCACCAAAGGUCAGAUUGAAAGCUCAUGGACUGUAUUCCGACCUGAGCUGGGUGUUGAAAGAGAUCUUAUUAAUGAAGUGUAUUUACUGCUUAUCUUUACUGCAGUGUUAACCUGAGUCAUCCAAACCCUGUCCACGUACAGGGUCCAGAUACAGGUCCUUCCCCUGAAUGUGACUGUGCUUUUAAUCAAGGUGGCUGCUUGUAUGAACAUAAGUAGCACAAUUCCUUAGGCAUUAACCCACCAUCUCUGUAGUGCAUACAUAAGCUGGUUUCACUGAAGGACACAUACAUAAGCUGGUUUCACUGAAAGGCACAUACCCUCUGAUAUUCCCUUUUCCCCCACAAUGCUCGAAAAGACACAGCACCUACAAGUAAGUUCAUAAUGUAGCUCAGCUCACUGAAGCACUAAGGACCGUGGGAUGUGUCCCCAAAAGUGCCUAGCCCCAAGUGAGAACAGCAGUUCAGAUGCUGAUGUGUCUCCCCAGAGGUAAACCUGGGGUGAUGAGGAGCCCUCCAUCAGGGACCAGGUAGUAGUACUUGCAUCCUUCAGAUGCUGUGAGUCCCCAGAUCCUUUCCCAGCACUUUGAAUGCUGUUGUGUUCCCUAUCAAAAGUGAGCAACAGCUACCCAGAUGGAGGGGAGCUAGCACUAGGCAAUCAUCAGCUGUGUGGACUAAGAGGUUUCUGGUCCCUGCUCACAUUUACUUCUAUUUUUUCAAAACUGCAAGGCAGGAAAAGUACCACAAAUGUGCUUGAGAAGACAUAGUUUGGUGCACCAGCCAUAGCACACAAACACAGCAUCUUUAUGCCUCACCCCUUAUCUACUAUGUAGAAACAGCAGUGUGAGCUUGCAGAAAGAGAGAUCUUUAUGGAUGCCUAGGGCAGGAUCCUUUGCAGUUACAUGAUCUUAUGGUGACGAUGCAGGCAACUUCAUGCCUGAUCCAUAAUCAGCCUUGCAGGUGGUAGUACACAGCUUAUCUCAGCUGUAGGGAAGAAAUGAAUGGAUGCUCAUGGGAAGUACAGCUGCCUAAAGAGCUAUAUUUAACGCAAACUCUAAUUACAGUAUCCAAAAUGGUGUAACAGGUAAAGCACAAGAACUAGCAGUUCCCUGCCACACUGAUCAGUGUUUCCAGUCCCUAAAUGAUGUUCUUCUCCCUUUCGUUAGCAGCCAAUAUCUUAAUUACACAGGAUCCAUUGCAUGAUGGGAACUAAGGGCUUGGCCCUGCUGUGCUGUGGUGUCCUUCCAAGAGGAUAUUGGCAGGGUUGUUUCUGUACGGGUGAGUUGCCUGUGUUUUUGAGAGUGUGUAGGACAGAAAGGACUGCCUUUCCCAUGGUAUGGAGGAGGGUUUUGUCUGUGUUACAAAAGGAAGGGGGAAGCUGGGAUUAAUGCUAAAUCUAAAUCCAAAGCGUAUAGAUGAGCACUGGGCUCUGCCCCUAUUUACUAAAGCAGCUUACCAAAAAGGAAGAAUGUCCCAGCCAUGAUGGUAGGAUUUAACCACGUGCCAGCAUUUUGUCAGGGAGGAGUUUAGGCACAUGCUUAUAGGCAAAUAUGUUUAAUUGCUUGGUUAGCAACUGGGAAAUGUUCCUGUGUGUGCCAAGUACAAACGACAAAGUAAGAAAUAUCAACUCACAAAUGCAGAUCAAUCCUUCUGUAUAAAGAGUAACAUGGACUAUAUGAACAAAACUCCUGGUCUGUAUCUCACAGCAAAUAGCAAAUUGCAAGGGAUUUGAGUGGAAAUGAGAUGGGACUGUUCCUAAUUGAGAUCACACAAAAGUUUGCAAGUAAUUAAUUUUCUUUUCUUAAUGAUCUUCAAAUGCUUCUUAAUGCUGUAAAUGGAGUGAAAGGGUCUCAGUAAACCCAGCAGGAUUUUCUGAGUGAGGACUGCAAAACUUGGCCUUUUCCAAAAGAAAGAACUUCAUUGCACUGAAAUUUUCUCUCUGCCAGAGGAGGUAAACAUUGGGAAAUUUCUUAUGAGAAUGUAUCCAUUGCAACCUGACCUUCCUUUGAUAAGAAAGGAGUCGCAGAGCCAAUGCAUAAUCCACAGGAGUAGGAAAAGAGUCUCUCCUGACCUGCAGUACCUUCUCUGGGUGUCCUUGGCCCCACUCAGCAGGCAGGAGAGGAUUUAGGCAGGAGUCAGCAGCAGGGCGAGUGCAGGUGCUUUCCCACGCGGUGGUCCAGGAAGUCUUUGUGGAGCUGGCAGAUGCAGCCCAGGGUGAUUCAGCCCCCGGGUCUCCACCAGCCCAGCCUCUCCCUCUGCUGCGAUGCUUCCAUCUUCACCCAAGUCCCAUCGGCACCCAGCUCCGCUAGGGCAGAAGGGGUGGGUGCAGUGCAGUGUGUUUUGCCACAGUUUAUGACAGUUAUUUUACUGCAGUUGUUUAUUACCACAUCCCAGCAGCAAUGGGCUUGCCCAGCCGCAGCAGGGAUGGGACCUGUUUCUGUGCAGCUUGCCUCUGUUAAAGCUGCCACUGGGAUCCUCUCCGUCUGCUUCUAUCUCUGCCAUAAACUAAGCACCCUCUGGCAGUGGAGUGGGGUUUGUCGCUCGUGUUGGAUGUGAGAGGGGUCUUCACAUGCCCUCAAGCCCACUUUCAGAUGUGGAUGCUUCUCUGUUCAGUACCUAACUCCCUGUAGGAUGUCUAAAUAAAUGCAGCUUAUUUCUCAGACUAUUUAGAUUACUUUUAGCUACCCAAAAUUUCAAAUUUUGAGCAUACUGGAUGUUUCUGCCGAGGGGAAUUGCUCUCUACUGUCCAAGAGGAUAAGAUAGAAGUCGCAUGUUUCUUGUAAGGAGGAUGCAAGUGGUUCAGCCAGAUGUGGGGAAAGGAAGAAAAACUACACCAACACUGCACAGAAAUCUGUCUUUGCUCCCGGCUGCUGUGGAAAGCUAGGGGAGCAGUCAGCAAGGGCCCAUGGGCAGUUGUGUGGGUGUAUGUUUGAUUAACUUUGGAAAAAAUGCUAAUUCUGUUGCUUGACAGGAAAAUAUAUGGGAGGCGCAUGUUUGCUGCUAUGGUGCUCUGCCAAUUGUGCUGACAAAAGCCCCUCACCCACAGAAAUACCUCCAGCAGCCAGCCUAGGAGAGGCAGCCCCAGUGAACAGAGCAGCAAAAUGCAAAUUUGAGGGAUCAUUCAAAAGGGAGGCUCAUACGCACAGCCUUCCUGUGUCCCUGCCAUGCACCACUGCUCACCCUGGCCAGCCCUCCCAGCUGCAGUGGAAAAAUCAGGAGCCUUUUGCAUACUGUUGAAACCUCACAACACUGAAUUGGGCUAUACGAGAUAAAAACAGGACAGGGGCAUUUUGAUGCCCUUUGGCCUCCAUAUUUAAAGCAUUAGGUAACACAGCAGCAUUGCUGUUGUGGUAUUUCCCCUAAGUUCCACUGUCAUGGUCACGUACAAAGUCACCCCUUGUGACCAGCCUUCUAAAAUAUAUUUGCCUCCACGCUGAGCAGUAGUAAAAGGCUUUAAAAAAUAGCAGUAAAUUGCAAUUAGAGAGAGGCUUUUCUCAUUGUUUCUCAUUGUGAAAUUCUUUGCUGGGACCUGAGUGAGCAGCAGAGAGGGUUUGGACAUUGCUACAGACAUGCCAAGUGCUUCCCCAGGACUUGUCUCUAAUGCUGGUCAAUGGCCAUAUCCGUUCCAAAUCCAGCUGGACUUCUCAUUCCCUCAUAGUGAUGUUUAAUCUUUAGCUUUCUUCCUUAAACUAACAAGAACGGAUGCAUUUUACUUAAAUGCUCUUCCUAUGCUGACUAAAGUUUUUUCCUCUUUACCCACAAAGGACCUAAUCCAGCAUCCAUUACAGUGACCAGGGUAACUCUCCCAUGGACUGUAAUGAGAUUUUUCUUUUAGGCCUGAAUUAUUCCACCACCAGGGCCACCUGUGUGUAGUACAUGCUUUCCCAUGGCUCUGUGUUCUGCCUAUUUCUGUGAUACUGUUGCUGCCUUUCUAUGUUGUAUUUAUUUUUUAAAAGUAUUCUUAUUACUGUAGCAGGACCUGUAUUAUGUGAGAUUGAACAAAACAGGUUCAAGAUCUGAAACACCUUCCUGAGAAGAGAAUGAAUGUGAAUUUUGUGUAGUUGUUUUACUGAUCAGCCAACCUGUUUCCUAUCGUGUAAGAUCUUCUAGGGAUGUAGAGGUGCUUCCUGCAGUCACAGAUAAGAACUACUCUUCAGUUCACUCUUACUUGUCCCUUCAGAAAUGAAGCAAGAUCUCCCAGUUUCAAAAGGGGUAUGUGAUGUGUGCUUGUAAGAUUUCAGGAGCUUUGCAAUGUGUUUUUAAUUCUUUGUUCCCUUGAACUGCUGAAAUUGAAAAGCAGGACAGAAAUCCAUGAAAGGGUAAGAAAUGAAAAAAAAAAAAAAAGAAGAAAAGAAUGUGCUUACUUGUUUUGCAGAAGUAAACGUCUAAAGCAAGUGUGGCUUCUGUACUGGAAGGUUGUAUGUGGGAUGACACCUCUCCUGUGUCUAGUUUGUGUUGAAUGUGCCUAAUACCCUUGUUGAGGGAAAACCUAGAGAGGGUGCCUGAUGUUCCUCAAAAGUAGUAUGUAAAUGCUAAGUCCCUUGGUCUUUAUUCUGGUAAAAUGCUAGAAGGGAUGGGAGUCUUGCUUGGGUUAAUGACUGCAGCAGGUAGCUCCCAGAUCUGCAAAAUCCUAUAUGGAAAAGUCCUGUGGAAUACAGUAAAAACUGAUCACUUCUCGUGAACAGUGCCAUAGAAUUCACCUGCCAUAAAACGUCUCCAAUAAAAUCUGCUAGGAUGGGUUUAUUUUAAUGAAAAAAAAUCUCAACAGAAUAAAUACGUAAUAGUUUCCCUUUUUAAAGAAAAUUCUGUUAAACUCAGUCAUUUGUUUUAAGCCCUGUUAAAUUCUACAGGACUUUCUCCUAACAGAAGGUCAAACUUGGUGUGUAAAAACAUAAUGGUUUAUUUGAGCAGCUUCCAGGUUGCAGUAGUAAAGCUCAGCUUUUGUGAGCUCUAUUUCGAAAGAUAAAUUUUCAGCAUUUGUUUGUGCUUCUUUUAUCAGCCUGGAUGUAAACCUGCUUUAUGUUCUUGACAUUGCCCUGUUCCCUUCCCUGUAUCUCUGAAUGUUUGCUUCCAAGUUGCUGGGGUUCUGAGGACAUUUUCCAAACCAGUAUUAUUUAAAGUUGUAUCAUAUUUUCAGCCUCCACUAAUUAUACAGUACUGUAGUAGCAAAAUAUAAUUUUUAAGGAUUGGAUUAUUUUUUAUACCUGCAUCCAAUAUUAUUAAAUCUGGCGUUCUAGUCAGUAUUAUAAAAGGAUACAAUAAAACUAUGAAUAUUA